ACGUGUUCAGUGUUGCUGACAACUGCACCGCGCGACACAGCACAAGUGCGACCCAUGACGGCGUGAAAACAGGGGGAAAUGCGCUGGUUUGCGUUCGGCUUCAACGCUUUUGGACAAAUAUGUGUACAGGAAAUAUCAAGUUCAGACAAAAGAAGGGACCCAGUCAAGGAAGUUAAAGUGAGGAAUCCAACAGAGCUUAAGGGUCAUACUCAUGAAAGUGGCAGCUGCGUGAAGACUAGUCAGAUCAGAGCAAGUUGGAGUCGAAGAGCAUCUGUUCAUUUAGAUGGGGACAGCUGUGUUUGUCUGGCCGGGUUUGAAUCACCCAUCACCGAUAAGUCCCGGAGCGAAUGUUUGGUGGAGAGCCGUGGCUGUAGAGAUGCUUAUAUCAGUGAGUCGCAUAUUGCAUUGGCUUUCCCAGACAGAAUAGAAUACUGGGAUCUACAAAGAAAGGAUACAACUCCAUCGUGGGUUAUGGAGAUGAUCACCCACCCCGGGAGUUCUGAAGUGAAAUUGCCUCUGGUCCCAGGCGGGUACAUAUCCUCAAAGCCUCCUUUCUUCCGCUCAUUGUCACCUCUCUUGCAAGGCAAGAGCCUGGCACUGGCUGGGAAGCAUGCCGUCCUCCUCACUGCUGCUGGAGGGGUCUACACUUGGGGAGAAGGCAGCCAUGGUCAGUUGGGGCAUGGAGGGCUCAUUUCUGAAGAGGAGCCCAGGGUAGUGGAGGCCCUCUGGGGGAUGCCCAUGAGCUCUGUGGCUGCAGGAGGGUGGCACUCGGUCUGCAUUAGUGACGGAGGAGAUCUUUAUGUGUGGGGCUGGAAUGAAAGCGGCCAGCUUGGACUUCCAUCUCGAAGUCUGAGGAAAACUUCGCAUCUUAAAAGUUACCAACAAGCAGGACAACUGUGCCAAGACGUGGGCACAUCUGGUCAGGAGUUAUAUCAGGGAGAGAAAAAUGAAGAAGUGUUCAUUUCAAUCCAGGCAUUUCCAGCUUUGCUGGAUGUUACUCCAUCUUGCGAACUCAGAGCAGUCAGCUGUGGUUCCCGGCACACAGCUGCAGUGACAACCACAGGUGACCUCUACACUUGGGGAUGGGGUGAAUAUGGCCAACUUGGACAUCAAACACUGGACAGUUUAGAUGAGCCUCAGCGUGUGGAGUUCUUCAGGGUUGAGCAGCUGCAUGUGGUCGAUGUAGUUUGUGGACCCUGGAACACUUUUACUGCUGUCGUUCAAGGAGGAAGUACUCAAGCAUAGAAUCACAAUGGAAUCCCCAAAUAAACUCGGAAAACUGAACUUUGGACAAACCAGGAAGCAUAAAUGAUUAUAGCAGAUACUUUGACCCUUGGGAAUAAAUAUCUUUUGUAAUAUAUUGUUAGUAUGUGACUGUUUCAAGACAGAGAUCUGAGUACUUUGUGAUUGUU